CUUGACACAUUCUCUUUCGAAGUACCAUAGCAAAGGCACAUGACCUUUUAUGUCUUUAGAUGGAAACAUUAGCCAUUAUAGUCAUGGGAUGUAAUGAUAUGUGGAAGCACAGUAUCUUUUAUAAGUUUAGCAAACUGUGGAGUAGUUAGUUACCUAGUAGCCUUCUGAGUACUGGGAAUGGAUUUCUCUAAGAAGUAGAUGCCGGGAGAUUGCAGCAGAAAGAAGCCAUGAAAUUACCAUGCAAAGACUUUUCCUAACGAAGGAACAUAAACAUUCAAGAUGGGAAGUAACAGCACAAACAGUAUGAGAGUAAAGUAUACUCAUCUACAGAUCCUGUUUCAGUACUUCCUCUUUGCAACCACAUAUAUCUUUUGGCAGCAGCCACAAUUCCACAGUUUUCUUUGCUGAACAUACUGAGAUAGUCAAGAUGGGCAGCAACAGUACCAGCACUGCUGAGAGUAAUUGCAAUGUCACUUUGACAUUUCAGAACUCUCUGUAUGCAACCACCUAUAUCUUCAUAUUCAUCCCGGGUCUCCUGGCUAACAGUGCAGCCCUGUGGGUCCUGUGCCGCUUCAUCAGCAAGAAGAACAAGGCCAUCAUCUUCAUGAUCAACCUCUCAGUGGCGGACCUUGCUCAUGUCCUGUCCUUACCUCUUCGGAUUUACUAUUAUAUCAAUAGUCACUGGCCGUUCCAGAGGGCCCUUUGCCUGCUGUGCUUCUAUCUGAAAUAUCUCAACAUGUAUGCCAGCAUUUUUUUCUUGACGUGCAUUAGCCUUCAAAGGUGCCUCUUUCUCCUCAAGCCAUUCAGAGCCAGAAACUGGAAGCGUAGGUAUGACGUGGCCAUCAGUGCUGCUGUCUGGAUUGUUGUGGGGACUGCCUGUUUGCCACUUCCCAUCCUGAGAAGUGCUGGCUUAGCCAGUAACAGUGAAUCGUGCUUUGCUGAUUUAGGGCUUCAAGAGAUUAGUAUGGCUUCAUCCAUUGGCAUGGUAACUGCCGCUGAACUUGGAGGGUUUGUAUUGCCUGUUGUAAUUAUUACAUAUUGCACAUGGAAAACAAGAAAGUCUUUACAGGAAUUUCAAGAUCCACCUCAGAAUAUUAAAGAGAGGAAAAAGGCUUUGCGAAUGGUUCUAAUGUGUGCAGUGGUAUUCAUAGUCUGUUUCACUCCUUACCAUCUCAACUUCCCGUUCUUUAUGAUGGUAAAGCAACGAGUCUUCUCUAACUGUUCCUUUAUUAAGAGCACUCUAUGUUUCCACAUCAUUUCUUUGUGUCUUGCAAAUCUGAAUUGUUGUCUUGAUCCAGUUGUGUAUUAUUUUAUGACUUCAGAAUUUCGUGAUCAAUUUUCAGAACAUGGGAGUUUGGUCAUCCAGUCAUGUUUGCGUUGUAAAGACAGUACUUUGGAAAUUCGUCAGAGGAAGGAGAAUCUUCAGACUAUCUCUCUGGAAUGUUUGGAUGUUCCAACACAAUGUGAUGAAAUGGUUAUCUAAAAUAAUCUUUAUAAUUCUGUCAGUUGAGCCGUUUCAAAGUGAUACUGGGUAUCGUGAAGAAACUCAACCACUUCACUCAAAAUAAUAUGUCUACAUGAGUUCUCUAUGCCAAGAUUAUUAGUGGACUAUGUGAGAUAAAACUAUCUUCAUACAAUGUGAUAAUCAGAAAAAUAAUCACAUACCUGCUUCUCAGUAAUGGAGCCAAUAGUCUCAUCUUUAAUUGAGAAAAACAAAAUAAAUCAAAAUCUGGUGGACAUGUACAAGUUAUUCAAACCUUAAAAAGUCUACAUUAGAAUAUUUCCCCAUCUUUAUUUAGAAAACACAUACUACUUGAGCCAAUUGUGUAACAGAGGGAAGGCUUUUCAUUGAUAUGAAUUAUGGAAAUCAGAAAAAAUAACUUAAAAUAUCUAUAAGAUUAUACUUUCAACACUUUGAAGAUGAACCUCUGAAAAUUACCAUUGAAGCCACAGACACUGCAAACACCUAAAAUAGAAUUGUGUUCUGAAUAUUUAAAAAUGAGGUUAAAGGCUUAAAACAAAAACUCUGUCUCAAUGGCUUUGUGUUUGUGAUAUAAUACAUAUUUUUGUUUACUGUCCCUAAUUGGGAAAAUUGGGAAAUAUUCUCAUAUAUCUUUAUUACAGUCCGUCUGGCUGGGUGUAUUGUUUCAUAUGGAACUUCACUCGAUAUAUUUAAAUUGAUAGACUAAUGAAGACUCACACAACUCAUACAGUUUUAAUUUAGAUAAGCUUUAGUUGAGCCUAAUUAUUUUUAAGUAGAAUAUACCAAUGAACCAAGUCAAAUUUUAUUAUUAAUGCAGAACAUAUAUUGCCACUUAAAAAUCCCUGUAGCUGAAUUAUUACUAAUAUAAAUAAUAUAAUCCACACUAGAAAAUUUGAACCUUACCAUUUUUAAAUAUUGGGUAUCAUUAAAAUGAAAUUUUAUAAAACAAUGGCUAGUUUUAUAAAUGA